AUGACUCUAAUCGAUGCUUGGAGGAGGCAACUUCGGACACCUAGCUCUCACCAUUCCAGCAGCAACCUUCACUGCACGGCCACAGCAGUCGCAUGGGUCACACCAGAACACCCUGGAGCACACCUGGUGCAUGGCGCCAAUGCCACUGCUGCCCAAAUCACUGAGAUCAACCGCCUCUUCAACGAAAACCUCGAACGAUUCCACAUCUGCAAGGCAACAGGCACAGCCCUCAAGAAGCAACUCCUGGAAGCAGUUCCAGCCACCUUCACGCUCACCCUCAAGAACGAUCUCUUUGGCUAUGCCAAUGUCACCGUCCUCGAAAUUCUUUACCACCUCGACACCCAAUACGGGAAGGUAGAUCAAGAAGACCUCAAAGAAGAUUUCGAACGAAUGGGAGCUGCAUGGAGUCCAACCCAACCAAUUGAAGACCUUUUCAAUCAAAUCAAAGCAGCCCAACUCUAUGCUGCCGCAUACGAUCCCAUCACCAACAAGACAGCCAUCCGUGCUGCCACAACCAAUCUUGCCAACAGCGAAGUCUUCACUGAAGCCCUCCGCGAAUGGAAAACAAAGAUGAAGCCGAUCACACCAUGGCAAGACUUGAACUUCACUUCAAGACGGCCGACAAGAAACGUCGCCAACUCCUCACCGCAUCCCAAGUUGGAUAUGCAAACGGAGCCAUCACGAAGGAAAAAUCUAACAACAAUGGCAAUACAAUCCCGAUGUGGUAUUGUUACUGGGCCCCAAUAUGACUCACACCGGCAUGAACUGCACCAAACCAGUCACCGGACACCAAAAGGAAGCAACCGCUGA